CCCCAGCAGAGACAAAGGAGAGAGCGAGAGUAGCGUAAAAGUAACAAAUGUCAAUACAAUCAAAGAACUUUCUCUCAACUUCUUUGUUCAUUCAUCAAUAUGACUUGCAAGAGAAGAAAUAACGGACGUAACAAGCACGGUCGCGGUCACACCAAGUUUGUUCGUUGCAUCAACUGUUACCGUUGUUGUCCUAAGGAUAAGGCCAUCAAGCGUUUCACCAUUCGUAACAUGGUUGAAGCUGCUGCCGUCCGUGAUCUCCAAGAAGCCUCUGUCUAUGAGGAAUACACCAUUCCCAAGUUGUAUGUCAAGCUUCAUUACUGUGUUUCUUGCGCUAUCCACGCUCGUGUUGUUCGUGUUCGUUCCGCUGUCGACCGUCGCAACCGUCUUCCUCCUCCUAGAUUCAGAUUCCAAAAGGCUGCUAACAAGGCUUAAAUUUGUCGAACUUUCAAAUGAUUCUCUUGUUUUUGGCAAUCAUAUUGUUAAAUAUGAACAAUUUUUAAGCAAGCCUUUCUUUUUUUUGGUUUGAAUUAUUAGGAAAUAAACGCAGUAAAUUUGCAAAACAAAA